UGGAAGGUUUGGAAGCACGGUGUCCCUCAAUCUACCUCUACAUCAACCCUACUGCUACGUCUACGGAGGCAAUAAUGGGAUCGAAAGGUUCUGAUGCAAGCUACAUGAAGGCUAUUAAGCAAUUUAAUGGCAUUGACUUUCCUUUAUGGAAGAAGAUGAUAGAAGGCAUUCUCGAGUUUCUGAAGCUUGAUUAUGUGCUCUAUACAGUCAGGUCAUUUCCUCCUACUUCUGGCAUUGAGGACUAUGAUGAGAAGAUGUAUGAGUAUCACUUCAAAUUAGAGCAAUGGGAGAAGGAUAAUAAGCUUGCCAAAAGAAUCAUUAAGCAUUCAAUCUCUGAUGGCAUAAGGGGAGUUUUUGAUGAUGAGGAGGACAAGACUGCUUGUGGUUUUCUCUAUUUAAUUGAGAUGAGUCAUAGGCAAGUCUGCAUAAGUUACCUCAUCAAUAGAUUAACCACUUCACGUUAUAAUGGGCAUGGUGGAUUGGCAAAUCACAUACAUCAUAUGUUGGACAUAGCUUAUGAGAUUAAGGUUCUUGGAAUUAAUCUCUCCGACUCAUGUGUGGAGCAUUAUAUUAAUCAAUCUAUAAGAGAUCCAUGAGAUCGGGGGAGUUUUUUUUUCUUAGAAUUAGUUGAUAGAAAUAAGUUGAAGUUUAUAUAGUAGAGAGCUUCAUUUAGAAUUAGUUAGUAGAUUCAACAUUAAGUUUGAUGAUAUCAAU